GCUCCUUUAAGCUCAGCAAACCACGUCGUGGCCAUUUGAAGCAAAACAACCAAGCCACACCAAGAUGGAAGCCUCCAAUAAUUCGUGACCAAUUUUGAAGAUCUUUCAAGAUAAGGAAUCAAAAUCCAUGUCUCCUUGAUUAUAUGGAUUGAGGGGGGAGUUUUCAAGGGUAUUCGUCAUGAACGAAUAACUCGGCGUCCGCGAACAGCGUGCUUCUUGGCUUGCGCAAAAAAAAGACCCGCUUCUUUGAUAUUGUGUGGUCUCCCAAGGCGGCUGGCUGCUAUUUUGCUUGGCUUUCAAGCGUUGGACGCUCUUUGUGAGAACUAAUGUUGCAUUUAUUUUGUCUAGAAUAAAACAUGCAGUGUUUUUUUUUUUUUUUGUCAAGAUAUAACACCUGCCGAAUCCGCCAUCUCCCAGUUUGAUCAGCAUGAUUUGAGCAUCGAGACAAGCUUUUCAUCUAAAGGUUGAGAUUUUUUCGACUCAUAAACAUUUCAACGUCUUCUUUUCUUCCCCGUCCGAAAAAGGUGGCACGUCAAAAAAAACUUGGGAGGAAAUCAUAGACAUCAUGGGUUCCGCGGCCGUAGGGCGCAGCCCCAGCACCGAGAAACCAUCACUCGAAAAGGGCUCGGGGGUUGCAGCAUCCAGUAAGCCUGUAGAGGCUGCCAACAGCAAAGAUGAAGAGCCGGCGGAUGGGGGUUUCAAGAGCUUCGUCAGGAUAUUCACCUUUGCCAGGCCCAUCGACUAUGUCACGCUGUCGGUGGCACUCCUGGGGGCGUUCGUGUCGGGAGCCGCCAUGGCGUUGACGAACCUCGUCCUGGGCCAGUUCGUCAACAUCCUCGGCGACUUCUCCACGGGGGCAUCGUCGCCGGAGCAGUUCCGGGCGGGCGCGGGCGAGUACGCGCUGCGCUUCGUCUACAUUGGAAUCGCCCGCCUGGCCGGCGUCUACCUCUACGCCACGCUGUCGACGUAUGCCGCCUACCACACCACGCGCAACCUCCGCCACGCAUAUCUGCGCGCGGCGCUGUCUCAGGAGGUGGCCUUCUUCGACCGCGGCACCGCCGGGUCCAUCUCGGCGCAGGCCACGUCCAACGGCAAGCUCAUCCAGUCGGGCAUCGCCGAGAAGCUGGGCACGGUCUUCCAGGCGCUGGCCACCUUUGUCGGCGCAUUUAUUAUCGCCUUUGUCGCCAAUUGGAAGCUGACGCUGAUUUUGAUCUGCAUCGCACCGGCUCUGGUCAUUGUUAUGGGCAUCGUGGCCGGCGCGGAUAGCAAGGUCGAGGCCCAGGUGUUGAAGGUGCAGGCCCAAGGGGCAGGUUUCGCAGAGACCAUCCUCUCGAGCGCACGGAAUGUGCACGCCUUUAGCCUUCGUGCUCGUUUGAUGCAUCGGUUCGACGAAUACCUCGAAGAAGCCAACCGGCUAGGCAAUAAGAAGAAUGCCAUUUAUGGCGCCUUUUUCAGCGCCGAGUAUACGAUUGUCUACUUGGGUCUUGCUCUGGCAUUUUGGCAGGGACUGAACUUGGUUGCCAGAGGCGAGGUGCCCAAUGUUGGAGUCGUCUAUACCGUGAUGAUGUGCGUCAUUACGGGUACAAUCUCCAUCACCUCUGUUGCGCCCUCGACAAUAGCUUUCAGCAGGGCCGCCUCGGGAGCCGCCGAGCUCUUUCGCCUUAUCGACCGAACAUCCGAGAUCAACCCCUUUGACAAGUCUGGCGAGAGGCCGACAGAGAUUGAGGGUUCUCUCGAGUUUGACAGCGUGACGUUUGCGUAUCCCACUCGUCCUGGUAUUAAUGUGUUGAAGGACUUUUCCUUGCAAAUUCCGGCUGGCAAAGUAACAGCUUUGGUGGGCAUGAGCGGCUCGGGCAAAUCUACUUGCAUCGGCCUCAUCGAGAGAUGGUACAACCCCACCGCCGGAGCCGUCAAACUCGACGGCCGGCCCAUCAACGAACUCAACCUGAACUGGCUGCGCACAAACGUCCGGUUGGUGCAGCAAGAACCUGUGCUUUUCAACGGAACAGUCUUUGAGAACAUUGCGAACGGACUGGUAGGAACCCCAUUGGAAAAGGCAUCACCGGCAGAGCAAAAGGAAAGCAUCGAGAGGGCUGCAGCGACAGCGUUUGCACACGAUUUCAUCAUGACCCUGCCAGAGGGCUACCAGACGCGCAUCGGAGAGCGUGGUGGACUUCUCUCGGGUGGCCAGAAACAGAGGAUUGCGAUUGCUAGGAGCAUCGUCUCGGACCCGAGGAUCCUGCUGCUCGACGAAGCGACGAGCGCCCUCGACCCCCACGCCGAAGGCAUAGUGCAGCAGGCGCUCGACAACGCAUCGCGCGAGCGCACCACCGUGGUCAUCGCCCACAAGCUCGCAACCAUCCGCGGCGCGGACAACAUCGUGGUUAUGGCCAAGGGGGAGAUAGUGGAGCAGGGCACGCACGACGAGUUGCUGGCCCGCGGCGAGGCCGGCGCCUAUUUCCGCAUGGUGCAGGCGCAGAGGCUCUCCAAGAUGUCGGCCGCGGCCGAGGGCGACGACGACGGCGUGGAGGGCGGCGCUGCGAAAUCGGUCGACAGCUCCGACGACGAAGGCAACAAGCGAGGUGUUGGCGUCGAGGGCGAUGCCGCCAUGGACGAUGUGGCGCAGAUGCAGUCCGUCGUCAGGUACAAGACUGCCGAGCGCGAGCACGUCGCAGCCUUGCAGAACCGCGAGAACUUUGAGCUGUACCCGCGCUCUGGCUUUGUCCACACGGUCAUCAAGCUGAUCGCCGACAGCCCGGAGCUCAAGUGGGUGUACGCCGUGGUGCUCAUCACAUGCGUCACUGGAGGUGCUCUCAUCAUUGUCCAAGCCGUCAUCCUGUCCCUGACACUCGAUGUAUUCAACGCCCCUGACCUGACGGCUGUUCUACCUCGCGGAAACUUCCUCGCCUCCAUGUUUGUCGUCAUUGCCGCGGCGAGUUUCAUGUCGUGGUUCGCAAACGGCUGGGCCACAAACAUCAUGGCCCAGACCCUCAGCCGCAAGGUCAGGCGCACACUGCUCAACGGCUACCUGCGACAGGAUCUGCAGUUUUUCGACCGGGACGAAAACACCGUGGGGGCCCUGACGGCACGGCUCGACUCGCACCCGCAAUCCGUCCUCGAGCUCAUGGGGUUCAACCUAGGGAUUAUGCUGAGCGCCAUAGUCAGCAUUGUCGGCUCGUCGAUCCUGGCCAUCGCGGUUUCGUGGAAGCUGGGCCUGGUGGGCGUGUUUGCUGGCCUUCCGCCGCUGCUGGUGGCGGGCUGGCUGCGCAUCCGGCUCGAGACCAAGAUGGACAACAAGGCCGACGCCAGGUUUUCCAACAGCGCGUCGCUGGCUUCCGAGUCCAUCAUGGCCAUACGCACCAUCUCGUCCCUCGCGACGGAGGAAUCGGUGCUCCAAAAGUACACGGCCGAGCUGGACAGGGCGAGCUCGUCGUUGAAGAGGCCAUUGUUUGUCAUGAUGAUUUGGUUUGCGUUUACGCAAGCGGCAGAGUAUUUUGUGCUGGCCCUUGGCUUUUGGUAUGGCGCCCGCCUCAUGUCCUUUGGCGAGGCGACAUUCUACGAAUUCUUCGUUGCCUUUAUUGGAGUAUUCUUUGCCGGUCAGCAAGCCAGCAUUUUGUUUACCUUCUCCAGCAGUUUCACCAAAGCUCUACACGCAGCCAACUACUACUUUUGGAUCAAGAGCCUCGACCCGACGAUCCGUGAAACAGACCAAAACCGCAACAAGGGACCAAGGGACAAUGUCGGCUCGAUCGAACUCGACCAGGUCAGGUUCGCCUACCCACUCAGGCCAGACGCCCAAGUCCUCCGAGGCGUCUCGCUACAGGUAAAACCAGGUUCCUUUGUCGCCCUCGUCGGCGCGUCCGGCUGCGGCAAAUCUACAGCCAUGGCCCUGCUGGAGAGGUUCUACGACCCGUCCAAGGGCAGGAUCAUCAUCGACGGCGCGGACGAGCUGUGCGACCUCAACCCGCGACUCUACCGCCAACACGUCUCGCUGGUGCAGCAAGAACCCACACUGUACCCGGGCUCGAUCCGCGACAACGUGGCCUACGGCGUCGACGUGGCCGACGACCAGGCAGCGCAGUUUGGCAAGCAGCACGGCGGCGCCGAGGCCGUGGCGGACGAACAGAUCGAGGCGGCGCUGCGGGCGGCCAACGCGUGGGACUUUGUGUGCUCGCUGCCCGAGGGCACGGCGACGGGGUGCGGCACGUCGGGCAGCCAGCUGUCGGGCGGGCAGCGGCAACGCAUCGCCAUCGCGCGAGCGCUCGUCCGCGACCCGCGCGUGCUGCUGCUGGACGAGGCCACCAGCGCCCUCGACACCGAGUCGGAAAAGGUGGUGCAGGCCGCCCUGGCCGAGGCGGCGCGCGCCGGCGGCCGCAUCACCGUCGCCGUCGCCCACCGCCUCUCCACCGUGCGGGACGCCGAUCUGAUUUGCGUGUUUUACGCCGGCAGGAUCGCCGAGGCCGGCACGCACGAGGAGCUGCUGGGGAUGGGAGGGCUGUAUAGCAAGAUGUGUGAGGCGCAGAGCCUUGAUCGGAAGGCUUGAAACUAUGGUGGGGGGUUGUCUUUCUUUUGUUUCUAGAGGGGCCUGUACAUACUCUUUUGGGAUACAUUUUUUGUACAUAAUAUCUGGGGAGUCUAGACUAGAUGCUGUAAAUAUCGCAGUUAUACAAGGCGUGGCCAUUAUUGGCAUUGGCGAGCUUUCAAUAGAUGUUUUGUAGAAUAUCACACAUACCUACUCAC